AUGGAAUCGCAGCCAUUGCAUCCGGGCAUCGACCAAGACACCGAAUGCACUCCAAAGUCAUCUGCUACCAGGCUGAUAGCACUGGAAGCCCUCAAAAAUGUGAACGGUGCUAUCACGCAGAGGCUGCGGACAGCCAUCACAGGGGAGAAGACGGAAAUCGUGGAGAAGGUGGAAAGCGUGGAGAAGAGGGUGAUCUUCAAUGAUGUGGAAGGGGUGCAAGAUGCCACAUGGCUUGCUCAGGGUGCAUACAACUCUGUCUGGCUCGCGAGGCUGCGCGAUGGUUUCCAGAAACUGAGCAUCACCAAUAAGCUGGCCACUAUGAUUGUCGAUCUCGCCGAGGUUCCUUUCGACAUGAUCGGGGGUCUAGAGCCUGAAACCUUCACUCUAGGUCCCACCGUCGAGGGCUCUAAACUCUUCAAGGGCCGCGGCAAAUUUCACAGCCACGGCUGCUACCCUAUCGGACCAUAUCGAUCUACGAAAGAAUACAUCCUGGCCUGCUACGACAGGGAAAUCUACUACUACUCCAAUGCCCCCGAAGACGCUAUCGACCAGGACUCUUUCACAGACGUCUCCGUUCAAGAUUUCGUUUUGACGCUGGAAAGGAAGAAGGAUGACCUUAAAGCAACCUACGACAUCCCCGACGAGCCAUUUGUUCUCGUCCAUGGAGACCUCCACGGGCGCAACAUCCUGGUGAGAGGUGAUCGCAUUCUGGCCAUCAUCGACUGGGAGUUCGCGGGCUCAUACCCACUGAGCGAAACGCUGACAGGGGGGGACGUUGAUGUCGUGGAUGUCAACAGCGAGGAACUCGAGGAUGAAAAUACUGUCUGGGCUUGGAAGAUUCGUGAGGCGAUUCGUCAAGAGGUGUCGCGGAGGGGUUGGGAGCCGAACAGAAUUGCGUUGCUUAUGGGAGAUGGGAAUUUCGAACUUGGGAGGGCAAGAGGAGAGAUGUUUCCAUAA